CAGGUGUGUAACGUGAUGGAGCCGGCGCUGCAGAACAACUGGCUGCAGACGGGCUGGGUGGCGCGGCGCGGCGGCCAGCGCAUCUUCGUGGAGCUGCAGUUCACGCUACGCGACUGCAACAGCAUCCCGGGCGUGGCGGGCACCUGCAAGGAGACCUUCAACCUGCUCUACGUGGAGUCGGACAAAGACCUGGGCCGGGUGACCCGCGAGGAACGCUACACCAAGAUUGACACCAUCGCCGCCGACGAGAGCUUCACGCAGGGCGACCUGGGCGAGAGGAAGAUGAAGCUCAACACGGAGGUGCGGGAGAUCGGACACCUGAACCGGAAAGGGUUCCACUUGGCGUUCCAGGACGUGGGGGCGUGCGUGGCCUUGGUGGCGGUGCGGGUGUACUACAAGCGCUGCCUGGCCACGGUGCAGAACCUGGCUGUGUUUUCUGAUACGGUUGCGGAGGCAGCGUUCGCCACACUCGUGGAAGUCAGGGGAGCCUGUGUCAACAACUCUGAGGUGGACUCGGACAGCCCUCCCAGGAUGCACUGCAGCGCCGAGGGGGAGUGGCUGGUGCCCAUCGGGAAGUGCAGCUGUUCAGCGGGUUACGAGGAGGGUCACAGCAGCUGUGAAGCGUGUCCCCCUGGCUCGUAUAAGAUGUCAUCCAGACAGCAGGAGUGUUUUCCGUGCCCGGCCAACAGUGUGGCUGAGGAGGAAGGAUCGGUGGUGUGUGUGUGUGAGGAGGAUCACUUCAGGACCCCCCUGGACAACCCCUCCGCCCCCUGCACCCGCCCCCCCUCUCCUCCCAAAGACUUGGUCUACACCCUCAAGCAGUCCACCAUGAUCCUGGAGUGGAGCGCGCCAACGGACACGGGCGGCAGGGGGGACCUGACCUACAGCGUGGGCUGCCGCCGGUGCGUGGGGCUUCAGUGUGAGCCGUGCGGGGCCAGCGUGGGCUUCAUGCCCCAGCAGAGCGGGUUGACCGAACGCACGGUCACCGUGGUCAACCUCAUGGCCAACUCCAACUACACGUUGACGGUCGAGGCCCUCAAUGGCGUAUCAGAGCUCCUGCCCAACAAGAGGUUCUACACACAGGUCAACGUGUCAACUAGCGUGCCAGCGCCCUCUCUGGUGAGUGAGUUGCGUGCGGAGAAGAUUGAGCAGCGCAGCCUCACCCUGAUGUGGAGGGAGCCUAGCUACCCCAACAGCAGCAGCACCGAGUACGAGAUCAAGUACUACGAAAAGGAACAGAAGGACAAGAGCUAUUCAACGGUCAAGACGGCCGCCACCCGCAUCAGCGUCAACAACCUCAAGCCUGGCACCACCUACGUCUUUCUCAUCCGCCCUUUCUCCACCCCGGCCCCCUCCUCCCUCCUCUCCGCCGCAGCGUCCUCCUCUUCCUCCUCCCCCUCUCCCAUCGACUACGGAGGCUACAGCGCUCCCCUGGAGCUGCAGACGCUUGGCGAACUGGCGCUGGCGUCCAGUGAGCAGAACCCAGUAAUCAUCAUCGUGGUGGUGUCUGUGGCCGCCCUCAUCAUGCUGCUCUCUAUGGGAGUGGGCCUGCUCCUCUGGAGAAGACAGUGUAGAUACAGCAAGGCCAGUCAAGAGGGAGACGAAGAGCUCUACUUCCAAUUUAAGAUCCCGACCCGGAGGACCUACAUAGACCCAGAGACAUGUGAGGACCUGGUGCAGGCUGUCCUCGCCUUUGCCAAAGAGCUCGACAACUCCAGCAUCAAGAUAGAGAGAAUCGUGCACACAGGUGACUUUGGGGAGGUGUGUCGUGGCUGUCUCAAGCUGCCCAGUAAGCGGGAGCUUCCGGUGGCCAUCAAGGCGCUGAGGGCCGGCUGCUCAGAGAAACAGAGGCGCUCCUUCCUCAGCGAGGCAGGGAUACUGGGACAGUUUGACCACUCCAACAUUGUCCGUCUGGAGGGGGUCAUCACCAGCGGUAACACCAUGAUGAUUGUGUUGGAGAGCAUGUCCAACGGGUCCCUGGACUCCUUCCUCAGGAAGCACGAGGGCCAGCUCUCUGUGCUCCAGCUGAUGGACAUGCUGGGGGGCGUGGCCUCUGGGAUGAAGUACCUGACAGAGAUGGGCUUCGUCCACCGCCGCCUGGCCGCCCACAAGGUACUGGUCAACGCCAGCCUGGGCUGCAAGGUGUCCGGCUUCAGACCCCUCCAAGAGGACAAGAUGGAGGCCAUCUACAGCGCAAUGCAUGGGGGGAAGAGUGUGGUGUUGUGGACAGCCCCAGAGGCCAUCCAGUACCACCGCUACAGCUCAGCGUCUGACGUCUGGAGCUUUGGCAUCGUCAUGUGGGAGGUCAUGUCCUACGGAGAGAGACCCUACUGGGACAUGGGCAACCAGGACGUGAUCAAAGCGAUAGAGGAUGGCUUCCGCCUGCCCGCCCCUAUGAACUGUCCACCUCACCUCCACCAGCUGAUGUUGGACUGUUGGCAGAAGGAGCGGACCGAGAGACCCACCUUCAGCCAGAUCCACUCUGCUCUCAGCAAGAGCAUCCGCAGCCCCGACGGCAUCGGAACCCUCCCUCUGGGCUCCUCCAUCUCCCUGGCAGAGCGGACUCUUCCGUCGUUCCCCUCGUUUAACUCGGUAGGGGAGUGGUUGGAUGCGGUGGACAUGGGGCGCUACAAGGACAACUUCACCGCGGCAGGAUACUGCUACCUGGAGUCUGUGGCCCGUAUGACAGUCCAAGAUGUGUUGAGUCUAGGCGUCACCUCUCUGGAGCACCAGAAACAGAUCCUGUCUGCCAUCCAGACCCUUAGAGCCCAGGUCAUCCAGAUGCACGGCAGAGGGGUGCAGGUCUGA